AUGGCCGCCCGGGAGCACAGGACCGCCGCCGUCGUCGGCGGCGGCCCGGCGGGCCUGCUCAGCGCCAUCGCGCUCGCGCGGCGCGGCUGGGCCGUCGACGUCUUCGAGCGCGGCGCCGCGCCGCCGGCGUCGAGCGACGCGUGCUGGGGCGCGGGCGAGCGGAGCUAUCAGCUCGGCCUCAACGGCCGCGGCCAGAAGGCGCUGCGGCGCUUCGGCGUCAUGGAUCGCGUCGACGCGCGCGCGGCGUCCGUGCGCGGGCGCCUGAGCAUCGGCGCCGACGGCAAUCUCACGGAGACGCGGCUCACGCCGCCCGGCGAGCCCGGCGCCGAGAAGUCGUACGUGACGCGCGUCAUGCAGCGGGAUCGGCUGCAGGCGUGCCUCCUCGAGGCCGUCGGCGACUACGAGCGCGUCGCCGUCCACUUCGGCGUCGCCUGCGACGGCGUGGGCCUCGGCGACCGGCCGACGCUGGCGCUCGACCCGCCGCGCGAAAGGACCUGGGACCUCGUGGUCGGCGCCGACGGCGUCAACUCCCACGUUCGCGCGGCGCUCGAGGGCGCGCCGGGCUCGACGACGAGGUGCGUGCGCUUCGAGAACAGGAACGAGCGGCGCUACCGGACGAUCCCGCUGCAUCCGUCCCGGGUGCCCGGCACGCCGACGGACUUGAACUGGGGCUUCCGCAACGCGUCCGCGGGCCUCGGCAUGGACGCGCUGCCGACGCUGGAGGGCGAGAUGGUCGCCGUGCUGCUCUUCAAGCCGGACAGCCCCGUGUCGCGCCGCCUGGCGGCCCUCGAGACGGCGGACGACGCGCGCGCGUUCUUCGACGACGUCGCCCCGGCGCUCCUUCCCUUCGCGGACGACGCGGAGCUCGGGCGCUUCGCGGCGCGCGACGAGAGCCGCCUGCCGUCGUUCCAGCUCGUCGAGGGCCCCGUCCACGCGGGCCCCGUCGUCGUGCUCGGCGACGCCAUCAAGGCCGUGAAGCCCUACUUUGGCCAGGGCGCGAACUCCGCGCUCGAGGACGUCGCGAUCCUCGACGACUGCCUCGACGACGCGCCGGACGCCGCGGGCGCCGCGGCCCUCUUCUCGGAGCGGCGCGCCGAAGACGCGCGCGCGCUCGUGCGCAUCUCGCGGGGCUUCGACGGCCGCGGGCCGCUCGGCACGGCGCGGUUCCUCGCGCCGUUGUUGCUCGACGCGAAGCUGAGCAAGGCGUUUCCCCGGCUCUUCUCGCCGCCGCUGCUCCGCGCGAUCCAGAACGAGGACAACUCGUUCCACGCGCUCCGCGUCGCGAAGCGCCGGGAGCGGUGCGCGCAGGCGGCCGCGCUCGCGUGCGCGCUCGCGGUCGGCCGCGCGCUCUGCCGCGCGGCGUUCGCCGUCGUCUGUGCGCCGGCGACGCUGGCGGUCUGCGCCUGCGGGAGCGAGCUGCCCGAGUGGGACGACGACUGGGACGCGGACCGGCCCGCCGUGCACCACCUGGACCCGGAGGACUGCGUCGCGCCCGUGCCCGACGACCGGACGCUCGAGGCCGAGCUCGCCGUCGACGAGCCCGCGCCGCGCGCGUGGACGGCGCCCGUCGCCGACGCCGCGCGCGAGGCGGAGCGCCUGCGCGCGUCCCGCGCCGCCGAGGUCGCCGAGUCGGAGAAGGUCUUCCUCGGCGAGUUCCGGGCGAUGCUCGGCGCGGGCGUGCGCCUCGUCGUGCGGCCGUCGACGGCGCAGCGCGCGCCGGCGGGCGCCGCCGUCGUCGCCGCGACGCUGGGCCUCGCGGACGACGAGCGGUCGGUGGAGUGGUCGCUGGACGGCGGCGCGGCGACGUCGAUCCCGCUCGCGGCCGUCCUCGCCGUGACCGGCGCGCCGAUCCCGCACGAGCUCGGCGACGAGCUCUCCGCGCGGUCGUUCAUCAUCGUCGGCGCCGGCGAGCGCGACGCGACGCUCUUCCACUGCCCCUCGCCGGACAUCGCGGGGCUCUGCGUCGACGGCCUCCAGAUGCUCGUCGACCACGAGCGCAAGAAGCAGCGCCGCGGCAAGGCCGCCCCCGCCAAGGGCCCGCCCCUCGCCGAGGCGAACCGCCUCCCCGUCGCCGCCAAGAAGAACGCGACGAAGAAGACGAAGGCCCAGCCCGCGCCCGCGCCCGCGGCGCCGGGCGCCCGCGAGCCCUCGACCGAGGCGUCUCCGACGCUCGCCCGCGCCGCAGCGUCGCUGUUGGUCCUCGCGGUGCUCGUGAGUCAAACUUUGAUCUGGCUCGCGCCGUCGGCCGCCGCGCCGGCGGCCGCGCCGGCGGCCGCGCCGAAGAAUCCGCUCCCGAAGCUCGCCGCCGCGGGCGCCGUCGUCGCGUUUGCGGCUCCGCACGUCGGCACGGCCUACGCGAUGGCCGUCGUUCCCUUCGCGCCCGCCGUCGCGGCCGCGCACGUGGGCCCGGUGGCCAUCCUCGUCAAGAUCUGGCAGUUCGGACGAAAUCGACAUCUGAAGUUCGGUUGCUGA